AUGUCGAGCACCGAGGAUACGACCCUCAAGGCCGGACAUCCACCCGCAGUCAAGGCCGGCGGCAUGAGGAUAACGCAGCACAAGAAUCCUGAAAAGGAGCGCGAAGUCAAGCCUGCCAAGGAGUCCGAGGAGACUAAGAUUUCGACGAGUCCACCAAAGGCUAUGAUUGUCAGCGGUGUCCAGACCAAAGGACACGCAGAUUUCCCUCCAGAGGCUGUACAGCACUAUCACGACAAGCCAAUUCCAUCUCAUGACAAUCGCUCAGCGCACAACUCGCGUCCCAUUGUAAUCCAGCAACCCAGGAAGUAG